CCUGUUCUUCUUGUAAGGCUUCGUGGGGAUCUGUCUGUGAUCCUCCUCGUAUCAUGGGAUCGGCUUGGUUGGAUCUCGACCUCAACGUUGGCUCGCUCCGAUUCCCUGUCGAUGCUCCGCAAGUGUUCCCCGUGGAAUACAAGCGUGUCGAGGAUAAGAUCUCGAUGAGAGGAGGCGAAAGAAGUGAUGCUCAAGUUGAAGGUCUCGCGGCGGAGCUGAUUCGGGUGACGGAGGAGAACAAGAAACUCGAUGAAACGCUGCGAAUCAUCACGGCGAAGUACACCUCGCUUUGGAACCAGCUGAAUGAUCUGACGACCACCACCUCCUCUUCCGAGGGGGCGUCUCCGUCUCCCUCACCUGCUGGGAAGAGGAAGAUCGAGAGCUCCGCGGGCCACACCGAGCCGGCUAACUGCAACGCGGAGUGCACGUCGGCCGAGGAGUCCUGCAAGCGAGUCAGACAGGAUUGCAAACCCCCGGUCUGGAAGCUUCACGUUCGCACCAAUCCAUCCGAUUCGAGUCUGGUCGUGAAAGAUGGGUAUCAAUGGAGGAAGUAUGGUCAGAAGGUGACAAGAGACAACCCCUCUCCAAGAGCUUACUUCCGGUGCUCCUUCGCGCCUGCCUGCCCGGUGAAGAAGAAGGUGCAAAGAAGCGCGGAGGAUCAAUCCAUCUUGGUGGCGACGUACGAAGGCGAGCACAAUCACAGCCAGCCUUCUCAGGUCGGAGAUCGCAGUGACAUGGAUUUCGGCAGGUCUUCGCAUCCCAAGUCAUCAGUGUCGGAGGAACUCCAUCCAACUUUGGUGGAGCAGAUGGCUCGGUUGUUGACCAAAAAUCCAGCCUUCACAGCUGCUGUAGCUACUGCCAUUUCCGGGAUGAUGCUUUAACCAAAAUCCACCCCCAAAAGAUGCCAUGAAUUCAAGGCUUCUUCUCUGUGACGCUUUCUUAUAGGUAAAGGAUAAAUGAAUUGAGCUCAGAAUCUUAUGAUAAACAAAAUAAUUUGAGAUCUCUCGUGCCCUAAGCGAGAAUCAUACCACUAGAUCAUAUCGUUUCUUCCUACGAAAAGAGUUGGGCAGAUCACUUGUGCAUUACCAUGAAGCUUUCCUUUUCACUCUAUAAUUAUUCUCGCCUUCGCUUAAACAAUUAAGAGAGAAAAUUGUAAAUCAAGAGGUUUAUUUUGAUCCAAA